AUGGAUUCGUCCGCAUCGGCCGCUAGGGCGCGAGCCGGCAGCUCGACUCAGGCGCUUGAUGUCUCCAACGACUCGUCGCUCAAGCCUUCAGCAACGGACACAGCAACCCCAGAACAAGACCUGUGGUCCAGCAUCUUGAAUAGCGUCAACAACUCCAAGGCCAUCUCAGCAAAAAACCUAAUUCUGCUUGGCGAGCCCAAGUCCGGAAAGACGACGCUUCUCUCUGCACUGGCUUCCACCUCGCCCGUUGGCCUCAUCAGCGGUAGAUCAUAUCUUCCCGCUCUGGAUCCAAGCAAUGCAGCAUCGACCUCCAAAUCGUCAAUAGCGUCGCGCAAUCUCGGCUUGGCAUACGCAUACUUUGAUGUCGGCGACGAAAAGGACAGGGACGAGAUUGUGGCAAGGGUCGGCGCCUAUACCCUUCACUCAUCCGAGCCUGCGUACACCUCGCUCUUGCCGUGUGCCUUCCCUGAGCCCAAUCUCGGGUCCAGCGAGAAGGAGGCAUCAUCGGUGAUGGCAGCGCUCGCCUCGGCGACCCUUUCCGGCUCAGCUUCCGCUUCUUCCGCUCCCUCAAAUCGUGCGUUUGCGUCGAAGCCUUCCAUCGAAUCUCUCAAAGACUCGAUCGUGGUCAUUCUGCUUGACUGGGAGCAACCGUGGACGUUCCUCGAGCAGCUGCGCAACUGGCUCAGCGUUCUGCACGAGCUCGUCGACGGUGCAGCCGAUGGUGCGCUCUCAUCACAAGAGCAGCGCGAUGCAAAGUGGUCCAAGACCAGAGCCGCGCUCGACGAGAUGAAGGAGCGUCUCGAGGCGUACAUCAGGGCGUACGUCGAGCCUGCGCAAAAGUCGACCGAGUCCAGCAGCGUCGCGACAACGUCACAGGCGGAUGGAUCCGCAACAUCGCCACAGACCGACACGAUGCCUGCGCCCAUCACCACCGUCAGUGUGCAGCUCGAUGGCGCAGACGCAAACCCUCUCGCAGAAGGCACCCUCACGGACAACCUCGGCAUCCCGAUCGUCAUAGUGUGCACCAAGGCAGAUGCCAUCCCGCGCCUCGAACGCGAUAAGGACUUCAAAGAGGAGCAGUUCGACUACAUCCAGCAAGUCCUCCGAACCAUCUGCAUGAGGUACGGAGCUGCGCUAUUCUACACUUCGUCCACGCGUGCGCAAUCGAUCGAUAUCCUGCGCUCCUACCUCCUGCAUCGCCUCUUCACGCCGUCGAUAGCUUCAUCGCAGCAGCCACAGCAACAGAGCAAUGGAGCGACAGCACAGAACAGUGCAGCAGCGGGAGGCGUCGCCAGCUUCGGCUUCCCGUAUCGAGCAUCGACCACGGAUCGCGACACCCUACUCGUACCUGCAGGCUGGGACAGCUGGGGCAAGAUCAAGGCGCUACGAGAGACGUUUGAUAGUCGCAGCAUGACACGAGGCUGGGACACCGACUGCGAAAUCGAAAGGCUCCGAAGGUCUCGCAAUCUUCCAAAGACGAAGGAGGUCGAAGAUCAGCUCGAGAAGGAAGUUCAAGCAAAUCAGAGAGGCGAUGUGUCAUCGGAAGCUAAUGGUGGCGACGAGGUUCAGUCGGCGAUGAAGCUGUACGAGGACAUUGUUGCAGACUGGGAGGCGGCACCAGCGGGCAAGGAUACGGCCAACAAGGUGCGCAUCCCGGACGAGCAGACGUUCCUCGGCCAACACCAUGCGACAUUGCAAAAAGAACCCGACCCGAAGUCCAAGUUCAGCAAGCGAGGCGUGGUCGGUCCCAUGACUGGGUCCAGCGCAGGUUUGCCAUCAGUCGAAAAAUACAUGUCGCGCGAUGGCAAGUCGGACACCGCCUCUGCAGCCGCAUCAGGCCAGACGGAACCUGCUACCCCAGCGACGCGGCCUCGACUCGAAAGCAGCAACUCGUCAUCCAAGCGCGAGUCGACCUCCGCAGCAGCGGCAGCCGCCGUAGCAGCCAUGACUAGUAGCAGCGAUAGGAGCAGCCGCCCAACGAGUCCGGCCGUCAACUCGGGAACGACUUCGCCCGGCGCACCAAAGCAGUCCGAGGUGCUACACAGCUUCUUCCAGUCGCUGCUGCAGAAGGACAAGGGAGUCGGGUCGCCCAAGGUGGACAGGUUGAGGACGACGUCGACCGCGACUCCUAGGAAGGACCCGCCUUCUUCGACGAAACAGUAG